CUCCAGCCUCUCUCAUUCCGCUGCACACACCUGCCUCUGUUACCCACGCUGGAUUCACUUUCAGUCAUGAAGAACCUUCAUUUCAAGGACUUCUUCUGGAAUGCUGACCUGACGUCCACCGGUGGAUACGAUGCGAUCGUCCAGUAUCUCAACGAUGGAAAGAGGACAUGUAAGGAAGUGGAGGACUUCAUGAAGGCCAGGGCCUCCAUUGAGGAGAAAUAUGCCAAAGACCUCCUGGGUUUGUCCAAGAAAGUGUGUGGACACAAUGAGAUGAACACAUUAAAACGCUCCCUGGACAUGUUCAAGUUACAGACUGAACAUGUGAGUCUGUCUCACCUACAACUGGCCCACAGCCUGAGGGAGGAGGCCAAGAAGCUGGAGGAGUUCAGGGAGAAACAGAAAGAAGCCAGGAAAAAGGUGGAGCAACAUAUGGACGUUCUGCACAAACAGAAGGCUUCUCAGUACAAGAAGACCAUGGAUUCAAAGAAGACGUACGAGCAAAAGUGCCGAGAUAAAGAAGAAGCCGAUCAGAACGUCAACAGAAACACAAACACCAACAACACCAAGCACAUCGAGAAGCUCUACGCAAAGGCCCAGCAGGCCAAACAGAAUGCAGAAGAAGCAGACAGGUUAUACCAGCAGAACAUCACCACGGUGGGAAAGGUUCGAGAUGAAUGGCUGAAGGAUCAUAUCAAAGCCUGUGAGAUGUUUGAGAAACAGUCGAUGGAGCGCAUUAACUUUCUGAGGAACACGGUGUGGACUCACCUGAACCUGCUCUCCCAGCAGUGUGUGACCAGCGACGAGCUGUAUGAGGAAGUAAGGAAGUCGUUUGAACAGUGUGAUGUUCAGGAGGAUAUUGAACACUUUGUAAACCUCAGGCGAACCGAGGACAAACCUCCAGCUCCGGUUGUGUAUGAGAACUUCUACAGCGGUCAGAGAGCUCAACCUGGAGCUCCACCAUCCAGACUGCCUCCGCUGAACCCCAGGAGGGGGCCGUUACCUGAUCCAACAGACAACAAUGAUGUGAUCUACUCCACGGUGCAGGACGCAGGCUACAGUGUCAUCCAGUACUAACACACACACACACACACACACACGUCUGCAGUAGAACUUCCUGUGCAGCGCUGCAGCUCUGGGAUGGACUUGAACAUUAUAUAAUCACUUCCUCCUUUGUGAUUUCCUGAAAGAUAACUAGAUGUAGAAAAAGGAGCCACAACUGUGCACAUGUAUAUUUUGAAGUGUAUUGAAUAUCUGACACUGUAAAUACCAGCAGUGGUUUUAUUUGUAGGUUCUUGUGUGUGUUUUUAAAAUCAAAAUUGGCUGAAAUGCUCAGAAUAUAUUGUAAAGCUUUAUUUCCCACCUGAUCGCAUCUUAAUUUAUCUUCAGUUUUUAUUUAUUUUUGUGGAUCUAAAAAGUUUCUUCGUAUUUAAUAAAAAAGGAGUUCAUAAAACGAGAAAAUA